GGAUGCUGACCUGAGUGAAAACUGCCCAAAAAAGAACAGCCUCACAUUCAUUCCGCUCACGAACACAAAAAAAGAAAAAAAGUAGUCCUACCGUCCUACGUUAUUUCAAUUCCCACUUCUCACGUUCACACGUGAUUCUCGUUCUCUCUUUCUCUAGCGCGCGCUUUCGCAGUCGUAGAAAAUAUCUACACCAAAAAAAUGGACCCAGAAAAGGAAGAGUUUCUCAAGGAAUUUGGCGCCGAUUAUGGGUACCCCAGUGGCCCCAAGUCUAUUGAUCAAAUCCGAGCUACUGAGUUCAAAAGAUUAGAUGGUCUUGUAUACUUGGAUCAUGCUGGGUCAACUUUGUACUCUGAGUUGCAGAUGGAAGCAGUCUUUAGAGAUCUCACCACUAAUGUUUAUGGAAAUCCUCACAGCCAAAGUGACUCUAGCUCUGCCACUUGUGAAAUUGUGAGGGAAGCUCGCCAACAGGUCCUUGAAUAUUUCAAUGCAUCCCCAAAGGACUACAAAUGUAUAUUCACUUCUGGGGCAUCAGCGGCACUGAAGCUGGUUGGGGAGGCCUUUCCAUGGAGUCAAAAGAGCUGUUUUAUGUAUACAAUGGAGAAUCACAAUAGUGUCCUUGGUAUUAGAGAAUAUGCUCUCAGUCAAGGGGCUGCAGCCUUUGCAGUAGAUAUUGAAGAGACUGUGCAUCAUGGUGUAUCAAAUGGCAUAGCUGCAUCUGUCAGUUUAUCCCAGCACCAAAUACAAAGGAGAAAUGAAGAAAAGUUCCUUGAGGAGGAGCUGAUAGGUGAUGCAUAUAACUUAUUUGCCUUCCCCUCAGAGUGCAAUUUCUCAGGUUUGAGAUUCGGCCUUGACUUGGUGAAGAUUAUUAAGGAAGAUUCAGAAAAAAUUUUGGAAGGCUCCCCGUUUUGCAAUGGGAGAUGGAUGGUAUUGGUUGAUGCGGCAAAAGGAUGUGCAACAGAACCACCAGAUUUAUCAAAAUAUUCUGUGGAUUUUGUCGUCAUCUCCUUCUAUAAGAUAUUUGGCUAUCCAACUGGACUUGGAGCUCUCAUCGCUCGAAAUGAUGCAGCAAAGUUAUUGAAGAAAACCUACUUCAGUGGAGGCACAGUUGCUGCCUCAAUUGCUGACAUUGACUUUGUUAAAAGAAGAGAAGGGAUUGAGGAACUUUUUGAGGAUGGCACUGCUUCAUUCUUGAGCAUAGCAUCAAUCCGUCAUGGAUUCAAAAUUCUGAAUUCCCUGACUAUCUCUGCAAUAGGCCGGCAUACAGCAGCGCUUGCUACAUAUCUGAGGAAGAUGCUUUUGGCCUUAAGGCAUGAAAAUGGAGCCAGUGUGUGCAAAGUUUACAAAAGUGACAGUUUGAAGGUAUUAUGUCGUGAAUGGGGUCCUAUUAUCUCAUUCAACUUGAAAAGGCCUGAUGGUUCUUGGUUUGGAUACCGUGAAGUGGAAAAACUGUCAUCCUUAUCUGGAAUUCAGUUACGGACAGGAUGCUUUUGCAAUCCUGGAGCAUGUGCAAAAUAUCUUGGCUUGUCUCACUUGGAUCUUCGUUCAAAUAUGGAGGCUGGCCAUGUUUGCUGGGAUGACUAUGAUGUACUUAAUGGAAAACCAACGGGAGCUGUUAGAGUGUCCUUUGGUUAUAUGUCAUCAUAUGAAGAUGCCAAGAAAUUUAUUGACUUCGUGAAAAGUUCCUUUGUAUCAUUGCCAAAUCCAACUGGACUUGGGUAUCACUUGAGAGAAAGGUCCAUCCCCUUUCCAGACAAAGGUCUUGAAAGCAGAUUCACUUCUAGUUUCUUUCUCAAGUCCAUUACCAUCUACCCAAUAAAAUCAUGUGCAGGAUUCAGUACAGAAAAGUGGCCUCUGAGCAUAUCUGGUCUGAGAUACGAUCAUGAGUGGCUUCUUAAAAGCCUAACUGGCGAAAUUCUUACCCAAAAGAAGCUGCCUGAAAUGUGCCUUAUCAGUACUUCCAUUGACCUCCAUCGGGGAAUAAUGUUCGUUGAGUCACCACGUUGCAAAGAGGGACUGCAGAUCAACCUUAAAUCAGACUUACAAAGUGGUGGUAGAGAAGAAGUUGAUUUAUAUGGCCAGAGAUAUGAAGCCCAGGGUUAUACCAAUGAAGUCAACAAUUGGUUUAGCCUUGCCAUUGGUCGAACUUGCUGUUUGCUACGGUAUUCAAUGUCCAAUGAUUACUUGCUCUUGAAUAAGUGUAAAAAUGGGGGAAUGCGUAGAGAUAUGCAGAGCAGAGUGACUUUUGCCAAUGAAGCUCAGUUCUUAUUAAUAUCUGAGGAGAGCGUAUCUGACCUCAAUAACAGAAUAAGCUCAACAGAUGUACAGAAGGGCGCUUUUGAAAUGCCAGUUCAAAUCAAUCCAAUGAGAUUUCGACCUAACCUUGUCAUAUCUGGAGGUGAACCAUAUGUGGAAGAUGAAUGGAGAAAUCUUAAAAUUGGAAAUAAGUAUUUUACGUCAUUGGGUGGAUGCAACCGUUGCCAGAUGAUCAAUGUUGUUCACACAGCUGGAGGAGUGCAGAAGUCAAAUGAACCUUUGGCUACUUUAGCAUCAUUUAGAAGAUCAAAGGGGAAAAUUUUAUUUGGGAUACUUCUGAGAUUACAUGAGACUGACAAUGAAGUAGAGCAGGAAACUGAUUCUUGGCUUCAAGUAGGACAAGAAGUACAUCCAAAUCCCUUUUAGCUUUGAGGAAUAAGCAUGAAAAGUGUUAUCUUUACAUCAGGACAAUGGAAUUAGAGAUCUGUUUCUGGCACUUUAUAAAGCAUACACAAAUAUCUUUUAUUUCUACUAACAAAUCUCCCAAAAUCAAUGUACCCAGAAAAGUGCAAUUACAACUUAUUGGACCUCUACAGAAUUUUUUCAGAUAAUACUCAAUUCUUUCUUAAGCAAGUUGCAGCCUCCCAGAAGAAUGGGAUAACAAAUAAUUCUGUGAAAUUCCACAGUUCAAGAGCGGCUAUAGUUUCAUAUAUGUUUGUACCAUAAUUCUUCUUGUUUUUGAUUGAUCCUGUAUUAUCAAAUAAAAUAAGUUUGUAAGUUAAUCCAUGGAUGCUCCAAUUUUCAUUGAGCUUUUAUAUGUGGAAGGAUCCCUCACCCCUCUUUAUAGUAUGAUUUGAACCAUUACAGCCAAAUUUUUUUGGCAGGCUU